CCGAAUUUUAAUAAACAGUUAAAUAUAUAAAAUUAAACAUUUUUAUUAUCAAUAAAUUAUAAACUAUUUUCAAAUUUUACGAUAAAUAUGUUGCAUACUAUUAAACAGGUUGGCUGUAAAGUAUUUUUACAAAAAAAAGCUAACAACAUCGUAUAUAAUAUUGCCGCUUACCGUGGGUUCAAAGUUCUGUCUCUUAAUCAAAAACAAAUACAAACGCAAAAAACAACAUUUCAUACUAUUAGCCCUAAUCAUUGGCAGCAAAGGUUUGCCAGCGACAGUAAUACAUUAACCAGCAAUAAUAUGAAACGUUUACAGGGUAAAGUAGCUGUUGUAACAGCUUCGACUGAUGGUAUUGGAUUUUCCAUUGCCAAACGUUUGGCCCAGGACGGUGCCAAUGUAGUCAUCAGCAGUCGCAAGCAAAACAAUGUGGAUAAAGCUGUUGAGGAAUUGCGCAAACUUAAUUUAAAUGUUUUGGGCUUAAAAUGUCACGUUAGUGAAUCGCAAGAUCGUAAACAACUAUUCGAACAAACCAUACACAAAUAUGGUAAAAUUAAUAUUUUAGUUUCUAAUGCUGCCACCAAUCCCGCUGUGGGUGGUGUUUUGGAUUGUGAUGAAAAGGUGUGGGAUAAAAUAUUCGAUGUAAAUGUUAAAUCUUCAUACUUGCUGGCCAAGGAAGCUUUACCACAUUUACGCAAAGAAAAGAAUUCAAGCAUUGUAUUCGUUUCAUCUAUUGCGGGUUAUGAUGCUUUUGAGCUUUUAGGAGCUUAUUCCGUUAGCAAAACAGCCUUGAUUGGUCUCACUAAAGCAGCCGCCAAAGACUUGGCACCUGAAGGCAUACGCGUCAAUUGUUUGGCACCCGGCAUUAUUAAAACUAAAUUUUCUAAAGCGCUCUAUGAAGAUGAAGCAGCAAAUGAGGCGGCAUUGUCUAAAAUACCACUAAAUCGUUUAGGUAUGCCAGAAGAAAUGGCAGGAGUAGUAUCAUUUUUAGUAUCUGAUGAUGCUAGCUAUAUAACUGGUGAAACUAUAGUAGCAUCUGGCGGCAUGUCUGGACGUUUGUAAACGAUUUAUUAAACUUUGUAUAAAAUAAAGCAAUACAUAUCUGUGUAAUGGAUAAAUUUAUUAAUAAAAACAUAAUCACAUUAAAAUACAAUAUAGGUAAUAACUAAUAAAAAAAGAAAAUAAUAAAAAAGACAA